AUGACCAUGGAGCUGCAACUGCUGUCCCCCAACCUGGACAGCUGGGACAAUGCUGCCUAUCCAUGCAUCCUGCAGCAGGCUGAGAGCAAGCCCAGUUGCCCCCUCUGCAAGGCAGAGAUCCUCUCCAUUGUGGGCCAUGCAGUGCAGGUGCAGGCAGACCUGAUCUAUUUCUUGAGGUGGAAGAGGUCAAAGGCAACAGUAAAAAAGUGGUCAAAAAAUGGAAUUCUCUCCAUAAUUGACCUUUUCAGGCAGACAGUGGAAAAAAAUCCCCACAAGGCAUUCCUUAUCUAUGAAGGGACGGUGUACACUUAUCAGGAUGUGGACAGGAGGAGUAACAGGGUACCACAGGCCUUCCUGCACUAUGGGAAUCUGAAAAAAGGUGACACUGUGGCCCUGCUGAUGGGUAAUGGACCUGACUUUAUCCAUGUCUGGUUCAGGCUAGCCAAGAUGGGCUUUGUUGUGGCCUAUCUCAACAUCAAUAUCCACUCAAGAUCUCUCCUGCAAUGCAUUAAUAUAUGCGCAGCAGAAGCACUGGUCAUAGAAGAAGAUUGUUUGGGAUCAAUAGAGAAAGAAUUUAUUUUGAAUCUCUUGGAAAAUAAUGUUGCUGUCUGGCUGAUGAGCAUCACUUCUCCUUUCCAGCAUGUUCACAACCUUCCAGACAAACUAGACAAGGUAUCUGAUAAUCCUGUUCCAUCUCAUCUUAGAGCUGUCAAUGGCACAAGAAACACGCUGUAUGUCUUUACAUCAGGAAGCACAGGUUUUCCAAAAGCUGCUAUCAUCACUCAUCACAGAACUCUGGUUGCUUCCUUAGCGGUGUUUUCUCAGGAUAUUAUGUAUGUCACUCUUCCCUUGUACCACGUAAGUGCUUCUCUUCUUGGCAUCAGUGGAUGCAUUCAGUUAGGAGCAACUUGUGUUUUGAAGAAGAAAUUUUCUGCAAGACAGUUUUGGAAAGACUGUAGGAAAUACAAUGUUAUCAUGUUUUUAUAUAUAGGACAACUCUGCCGCUAUCUCUGCAGUCAGCCCUGUAAAGAAGAGGACAGAGUUCAUGAAGUGCAUAUUGCUCUUGGAAAUGGUAUCAGACCCUCUGUAUGGAAAGAAUUUCUGAUGAGGUUUGGCCCAGUUAAAAUAUUUGAGUUCUAUGGGUCUACAGAAGGAAGUCUUGGUUUCCUGAACUGCAUUAAUAAAAUAGGAGCUGUGGGCUGUGCUGGCAUCUUCUCAAAGCUAACAUGCCACUGUACAGUGAAGAAGGCUGCUGCCCACCCUGCUGUGGUGACUUCAAACUGGCAGACAGCCCAGGUUGCUUUGACUGUAGCAAAAAUCCCAAGGUAUGACCUUGCAGAAGAGCAGUACUGGCAUUGA